GCGCCGCGAGGGCGGCUCCUGGCGGCGGGACUGUGGCUGUGGCCCCGGGAGAGCCGGGUGGGGCCUCGGGAUGCAGCCGCCGGUGCCCGGGACCCUGGGCCUGCUGGACCCCGCAGAAGGGCUUUCGAGGAGGAAGAAGACAUCGCUCUGGUUUGUGGGGUCUCUGCUGCUGGUGUCCGUCCUCAUAGUGACCGUCGGGCUGGCUGCCACCACCAGGACGGAGAAUGUGACCGUAGGGGGCUACUACCCGGGGAUCAUUCUCGGCUUUGGAUCUUUCUUAGGAAUUAUUGGCAUCAACUUGGUGGAGAAUAGAAGGCAAAUGCUGGUGGCAGCGAUCGUGUUUAUCAGUUUUGGCGUGGUGGCCGCCUUCUGCUGUGCCAUCGUGGACGGCGUAUUUGCAGCACAGCACAUUGAACCGAGGCCCCUCACCACGGGAAGAUGCCAGUUUUACUCCAGUGGGGUGGGGUACUUGUACGACGUCUAUCAGACAGAGGUGAGCAGGAGCACUGAGAUUCACGUCACCUGUCACUCCCUGGACGGCAAGUGCCAGCUGAAGGUGAGAAGCAACACCUGUUACUGCUGUGACCUCUAUGCCUGCGGGAGCACAGAGCCCUCGCCUGCCUACUAUGAGUUCAUCGGCGUCAGCGGCUGCCAGGACGUGCUGCACCUGUACCGCCUGCUCUGGGCCUCUGCGGUUCUGAACGUCCUGGGCCUGUUCCUGGGCAUCAUCACCGCCGCCGUCCUGGGGGCCUUCAAGGACAUGGUGCCUCUGUCCCAGCUGGCCUAUGGCCCAGCCGUCCCACCACAGACCCUCUACAACCCCGCCCAGCAGAUCCUGGCCUACGCAGGCUUCCGUCUGACGCCCGAGCCUGUCCCGACCUGCUCGUCCUACCCUCUGCCCCUUCAGCCCUGCAGCCGCUUCCCAGUUGCGCCCUCCUCUGCCCUGGCUUCGUCUGAGGACCUGCAGCCCCCAUCUCCAAGCACCUCUGGCUCUGGGCUUCCCGGCCAGGCUCCGCCGUGCUACGCACCCACCUACUUUCCCCCGGGGGAGAAGCCACCCCCCUACGCACCCUGAUAGAGGUGUGGAGUAAAAGAUAAUUUGUUUGUUUAAAAAAAAAAAAAAAAGGCAGCCUCUAGAAAUCCCGCUUCUGUGGCCAACCUCCUAGAGAACCCAGGAGAACGUUCCAGAAGUCUGUCCCCUCCUUUCCUCCCUGGGCACACUGGUGAGGGAGGCUGGAACCAGGCAGGGAGUGGGGCCCUCCAGACCCAGGCUGGUGACACCUUGGCUCGGGCUCUGCUCACAACAAAUGGCGCUGAAAGUUCCCACCCGGCCUCCUCCUCUGAGAGCAAUUGUUCUGGUGUUUUCACAUCCCUUAAUUAAUUAGCUAUUAUUAUGAUUUUGCAAA